AUGUUAAUUUACUUUUUCUUGUUUCUUAAAUUCAUAUUUGCAAACGUUGUUAUUGAAAAGUUGGUGCUUUACAUCCCACAAACUUCUUCCAGAUAUUAUACGAUUGAUAUUGAUGUGUACAUGGGCCCUUUCGAUCUCAAUACCACGUUUGCUUAUCUAAUGCUAGACAAGCAUAACGAGAAAAGGACUCCGCAUGGAGCAAAGAAGCUUCGCUGGUCAACUGAAACAUUUGAGUACGCUUCUAAUUACUCGAAACAUUACAACUGCUCUGGAAUUUUGGAGCACUCAUACGGUAAAUACGGAGAAAACUUGGCUUACGGAUACUCGCCCGAAGGAGCUGUUGACGCUUGGUACGAUGAAAAAAAGACGUACGUGUAUGGUUCAGAGGAUAUCUACAAUCAUUUCACAGCUAUGAUUUGGAAUAGUGUCAAUUCUGUUGGAUGUGCGUAUAAAAGAUGUCCGAACGAUGCGCUAUAUAUCAUCUGCAGCUAUGAUCCUCCAGGAAAUAUUGUUGGUUACUCUUCUGAAAAUGUUUUCCCACUAAAGGUGGUCACAUAA